GAGCGACUCCGGCUGAGGCGGGCGCAAACGCACUAGAGGGAAAGUCAAGUCGUGCUGGACUGGCGCGAUAUCCUCGCGCGGUUUACAACUACAGAAAGAGCCGAACCGUAAUUAAUCAUGCUUCUAAAAUAAUGCCAAAUGCCGACCGGGUAUCUGCGAAGCAUGGCUUUCCUUUUAACUUACCUACUGGUGUUUUGUGCGGACAGUGUUUGGGGAGAUCAGCACAGUGAGACCAGUAUCUAUUUGGAUAACAUCACGCGUAUAUUGGAUAGAUUACUGGAUGGCUAUGACAACAGGCUGCGACCUGGAUUUGGAGGUCCUGUCACCGAAGUUAAAACAGACAUCUUUGUCACCAGCUUUGGGCCUGUGUCCGAUGUUGAGAUGGAAUACACCAUGGAUGUGUUUUUUCGUCAGACGUGGAUUGACGAACGGCUAAAAUUCGAGGGUCCAAUUGAGAUCCUGCGGCUGAACAACCUGAUGGUCAGCAAAAUAUGGACGCCCGACACCUUUUUCCGAAAUGGCAAGAGGUCGAUAUCUCACAACAUGACCACUCCCAACAAGCUGUUCCGCAUCAUGCAAAACGGAACUAUCCUCUACACCAUGAGAUUAACUAUAAAUGCAGAGUGUCCCAUGCGUCUGAUGAACUUCCCGAUGGAUGGACAUGCCUGCCCGCUCAAGUUUGGAAGUUAUGCUUACCCCAUUAGUGAGAUUGUUUACACUUGGAAGAAAGGACCUCUAUCUUCUGUUGAAGUGCCACAAGAAUCGUCAAGUUUGUUGCAGUAUGAUCUAAUUGGACAGACAGUUUCAAGUGAGAGGCUGAAGUCCAAUACAGGUGAAUAUGUCAUCAUGACGGUUCACUUUCACCUUCAGAGAAAAAUGGGUUUCUUCUUGAUUCAGACCUACAUUCCCUGCAUUAUGACUGUCAUCCUGGCACAAGUGUCGUUCUGGAUUAAUAAGGAAUCAGUUCCAGCUCGGACUGUGUUUGAUUUAUCCAUAUCUUUGUUGACGCUUACAGAAAUUAGCUGUGCUGUUGUGAGCAUCCGUGCACACCUGGUGGAUGCCAGUAGUGUGCUGAAGAAGAGAAUGAACUCUGCUCCGCUUUUUGAGCGCCCUGCCAAAACAUUCCCGAACCCACCUGUCAAUGCCCAAGCUUUCCUGCAGCAAGGCUCAGCAGUACCAGCCAACAACGUUCUGACUGGCACCAGCAUCAUUGACAAAUACUCGCGCAUCCUCUUUCCCCUUUCAUUUGGCGCCUUUAACCUGGUUUACUGGAUCGUCUAUCUCACCAAGGACACCAUGGAGAUGUCAAGGGAUGCUGUCUAAGAGUCUUCCAGGAAAAAAAAACAGUCAAACACAGCUAUUCUUCCUUACGUCCCCAACACAUACAACCACCCACACACACACACUCACACACACACACUUGCACAAUAGAUCUGCACAUUAUGAUACAUGGCAGACACUUGCCAAGCACUCUUAUGCAGCCUCAGUGAAGUCUCUUUUCAAGUAGUCCCAUGAAAUAUGUGUUUUG